GUGUUGGCUACACACGCGCACCGCUUCUUUGAUCAGUCUUCCUCGAGAAGCUUACAAUAAUAAUUGAACAAAACUCGUGUGAGUCGAAACAACACAAACCCGCUUCACUCACUGAAAAUCCCCGCCAUUUUUCUCGCCUCCUUGAAUCGGAAUGGCGUCUACGGCGGCUGAACAAGAUGAGAGAAAAAUUGCAUCGGAAACUUCGAAGACGAGUCCUGACAUCAAGGCGGCUGCUGCGUCGCGGGUCAAUAGCAAAAACGACGCUUCUCCAGCUCCGUCGAUGAACUCUAAGGAUUUCAUCAUCUCCGCCGCUGCUAACAUCGCCUCUCAGCCGUUGCAGAACUACGAUUCGAACGUCUGGGGAGUCCUCACCGCAAUUUCAAACAAUGCUCGCAAACGCCGGCAGGGCAUAAAUAUACUUUUGACUUCUGAUGAGCACUGUCUCGGACGGCUGCCGUGUCACGCCAGUUAUCAGAUAGAGUCAACUGCAAUAAGUGGGAAUCAUUGUAACAUAUACCGUAAGAAGAUAACAUGCGGUGAUGGGGCUGAUGAUGUAUCUGUCUUUGUGGAAGACACUAGCACGAACGGAACGUUUCUCAAUUGGGAGAGGUUGAAAAAGAAAGGUCCUGAAGUCAGGGUUCAGCACGGUGACAUCAUAUCUUUGGCUGUUCCUCCAGAGCACGAUAAGUCCUUUGCAUUUGUAUACCGCGAAGUACUUGGAAAUAAUCCUGAACUUCCCUGCAUGAACAGAAAAAGAAAAGCAGAGGACAUAACUUGUGAAAUUAAGAGGUCGAAGGGCAUAGGCAUUGGUGGUCCUGAUGGUCCAAUAUCUUUGGAUGAUUUUAAGAGCCUCCAGCGAUCAAACACAGAACUGAGGAAGCAAUUAGAAGCACAGGUGCUUACCGUUGACACUCUGCGUAACGAGUCCCGCGCUAUUGUGGAGCACCAUGAAAGUGAAAUAAAACUGAUUAAAGAAUCCACUGCAAAGUCAUUUCAGAAUCAACUGAUUGAGCUGCGUGAUCUAAUAGAUACUAAGCAGAAGGAACUGGCGCAGGUCAACAAAGUAUCAGCUGAACAGAAGCAUUCGAUAGAUGACCUUGGCGAGAGACUAAGCACUUCUUUGCAAUCUCUCAGUGAAGCAAAUGAAAUAAUUAAAAGUCAAAAGGCAUCUAUAGAUGAACUGAAAACAGCGUUGGAUGAAGAGAGAAAUCAAAGAAGAGAGGAAAGAGAAACUGCCAUUGGUGAACUAAAAGCUGCAAUACAUAGAUGCCAAAUUGAGGCUCAGGAAGAACUGGAAAAAUUUUCUGCUGCUGCUAUGAGAAACGAGAAGGAACAACAAGAAGUAAUCAACAAAAUGAAGGAGUCAGAGAAAGAAAAGUCCACGCAAGUGGAAACUUUGAUAUCAAAAUUGGAAGAUACGAGGCAAAAGCUGGUCUACUCUGACAAUAGAAACCGUCAGCUCGAAGCCCAAAUUUCCGAGGAGCAGCUUGCUUCUGCCAAUGCACUAAAAGAAAUUGUAGAACGUGACCUUGAAAUAAAACUACUGCGAAAGGAUUUGGAGAGUGAAAAGCAGGCAGCCCGAGAAGAAGCAUGGGCCAAAGUGUCUGCUUUAGAACUAGAGAUAAGUGCUGCUGUUCGAGAUCUUGAUGUUGAAAGACAGAGACACCGUGGUGCAAGAGAAAGAAUUAUGCUCCGUGAAACUCAGUUGCGGGCAUUUUAUUCUACGACUGAAGAGAUCUCGGCUCUGUUUGCAAAGCAGCAGGAACAGCUCAAAAGCAUGCAGAGAACUCUGGAAGAUGAGGAAAAUUGUGAUAAUACUUCAUUAGAUAUUGAUCUUAACAGAGGUAAUACUCCGGAAAAUGAACGAGCAAAUUGCCAUACGAAUUGUGCUGCUAAGGCGAGCUCCUCCAUUUCAGGGCAAAGGUCUAACCGGAAUGAAGUUUUUGAUACGUCCUGUGAAGAUGCAGAUGCUACUCAGAAGCAUGAUUGUGAAAUAAUGAGUCAGGAAGGCCAAAACACCCAAGAACCCGAAUAUACAAGCUCUGACAAAACCGCAAAGGGUGCUUUUGGCUCAGAGAUAGAAGGUGUUGGUACAGCACCCACUUUCGGAACAGACCCCGUAGGAACAGAGCAAGUUAAUGAAACCCAAAGUCCAGGAAAUGAUUAUGAGAGAAAUGAUCAUCUGAGGAAGGCAAUCGUAUUGGCUGGUGAUACAAUGCAAAUAGAUUGUGAAACUCAGGCAAAUGAAAGUGUUGAGAAUGAUGGAGCUGUUGUUUUGUUAAGGAACCCCGUGAACGAUGGAAAGGAUACCCAAGACACAGAGGGAGUAGGCACUAUAAGAACGUCAGAUCUUCUAGCUUCUGAAGUUGCUGGGAGUUGGGCUUAUAGCACAGGUCCUUCUGUCCAUGGAGAAAACGAAACCGAAAGAUGUAGAGAGGACGAAGAGAGUCAGACUCAAAAAAUCAAGGAAGUGGUCAUAGUACAUGACUCUGCCGCUCAAGUUGGCGAAAGUCAAACUAAACCGACAGUUCCUGAGGUCCUGGUCACUGGAAGGAAAGAUGAUGCUGAGCAUGGACUCGUUAACGAGUCAUUGGGGACCAUUGAUCAGGGAAAAAUAGAACAUGGUAAUGGUUCCAAAUCUGAUACAGAAAGUUGUUCUGAUACAGAUGAUGACCAUAGGGAGGAAAAACUCAGUCCUGUCUCAGACUCAGACACAGAGGGUUCUGAUAUGGAUGAUCACAACAGAUCACACUCUUCGGAUCCCGAUAGUGAAGGAAGCCAUGAAGCUGAUGCUGAUGGGGAUCAUAAACAGGUGGACACAAUGGAUGAAGACGAUAAAGCUAGUUAGCAAGUAAGGUGUGUAGAUAGCGCAGAGAAAAUGGUACGGUUGUAACAUGGGGAGUUGUAAUUUACGUGUAAUGCGAAGUAAACGAUUUGAUCCCAAAAAAAAAAUGAAAGUUUUAGAUGUCUACUUCAGGACAAAGUAUCUCCAUAAUGUGAUGCAAUGAUAGCAACGAUAGAAUUGAAGGGGAAAGGAGAGGGCUAAGCUA